UUUUAGGAUCCAAACUAGCUCCUAAACCGCCUCCCCCCUCCAAGCGGAGGAACUGCGCGUAGCUGUCGCGCAGCUGCGAGCCCCCGCAAGGGACGGAGUCGAACGCGCAGGCAGUGACGUCGUGCGCAUGCCCGUGUCGGGGACGGCCAGCUGCCAGUGGGAGCGGAGAGGGAGAAAAGGAGUAAAAGCGGCCGAAAAGCAAAAGCGAAAUGCGGGGUAAAGUGAUGCUGCAGGGCCUUCUGACUUGAAGAGGAGAGUGAGGGUUACCAUUCCUGCCCAGACCUCUUUAAACCCUAAGGAUCCACCUUUUGACCCCCCACCCCUUUCCCAAACACUGGAACUAGCAUUUCCUCUAUUGAAAAUGGAGAGGACUUCUGGAUCUUGAUGUGGGUGAGGCAGGUGCAGCAUUAGAAGCUCAGGUGGGAUGAUGGCAAGCCAAGGAAACGGAUGUGGUUUUUUUUUACCCUUAUUUUUUUCCUGUAGUAUUUUCCCUUUGUGUUACUAGAGGGUUUAACUCCUGUUUUUAGUUAAACGGAAGGAGUAGUACUUUUUUUUUUCUUGGCCUUGAGAAUAAAAAAUGCUGAUCUGCCCCCUAAGGCCGGCAUAGUGGACAGCUUUACCUCUGCUCCCUGCUAACACUCUCCCCGCCCGCCGCGCCCCCCCCCCAGGCUCUGAAUGGUUGCCUUUGAGAUUGCUGCCGUGACCCAGAGGGGUCAGUGAUGGGGAGCACCUCAGGAAGGGGGGGUGGGGGUCUACGGGGGCUCAGGUGUAUGCCAUGGAAGGUGAGCAGGCGGAAACAGGGUGGAGCUGGGGGUGGGUUGACUGACAGGGAGGUAGAGACUGUUUCACAACACUCCCUGACCACGCCCCCGGCUCCGCCCAUUUACCAUGAGAAACAGCGGAGGGAGCUGUGCGCUCUGCAUGCACUCAAUAACGUCUUCCAGGACGGUGGGGCCUUCAGCAAGGACACUCUGCAAGACAUCUUCCAGAGGCUCUCUCCCAGCACCCUGGUGACCCCCCACAAGAAGAACAUGCUUGGCAAUGGCAACUACGACGUCAACGUCAUCAUGGCGGCCCUACAGACACGUGGUUUUGAGGCUGUCUGGUGGGACAAGCGCAGGGAUGUGUGCAGCAUUGCCCUGGAGAACGUGACCGGCUUCAUCCUGAACGUUCCCUCCAACCUACACUGGGGGCCUCUCCGGCUCCCCCUCAAACGCCAGCACUGGAUUGGCGUGCGGGAGGUGGGUGGGGUCUACUACAACCUGGACUCCAAGCUACGCUGCCCUGACCCCAUCGGCUCCCCCGAAGAGCUCAGGAAAUUCUUACGACAUCAGCUGCGAGGGAAGAACUGCGAACUCCUGUUGGUCGUACCCGAGGAGGUCGAGGCUCGCCAGACGUGGAGGACGGACACAAGCUGAGGGUCUCCGUGGUGACCGGUCAGUCAGCGCGUGGACUCUGAGGAGGUGGGGGUUGAGGGGCCGGCGGAUGCACGUCGGUCAGACCCCCGCCCAAGACUGUUGGAGAGAAACCCUAUGGAUGAGUUUGGGGGUCCAGCACCUGAAACAAGGAUCUUAUGAACAUUAUUGGGUUUUUGGAAGCAUACUGUAUUUAUUUUUAUGAUUUCAUUUUUUUUCUCCUGCCAUUGUUGGUCUUUUGAAAAUGGGAAUGCAGCAAUGUCUCUUACGACUUCAUGCUGUUUGCAGUUGUGUAGCUUAUCUUCCUCCCACACAUGCGUAUAUUCUCAUUACUUUUUUUUUUAAAUCUCCUUUUCCUUUCAGCCCCCCAGCCACGUCUCUUCUGUCCACCCAUGUUCCCUGUCCAAAGCCGUGUGCUGUACCCGUGUGUCCGUGUGAGGCCUUCCCCUUGUAUGUAAUCGGCACGUUUGCUGCAGCUCCGGCAUGUCUCCACGGAAACCAGCAUGGAAUCGCCGUUGCCAGGACGCGGGCUCCAAACUUCUGCAAACUGACAGCUUGUCUGUUGUCUUUGAAAUGUAUUCCAAUUUAAAAUGUGUUUUUUUUCUGCUUUUGAGGAUCCGAGGGGGAAAUCAGGUUCCUGAAGGGAAGUGACGACCUAUAGCAUUUAUUUCUUGUUAUUUAAUUUUGACUGAACAUGGCAGUAUAGCAGGGGUCUCCAACUUCGACCUGGGGAACCCCAGCCCUGAACAUUUUUGCGUUGCCCCUCAUUUUGCACAUCUGAUUUAACUUCUCUGCUAAUUACCACCCAUUUCUUGAGUUGAACCAGGUGCGGUGGAACAGUGAGAGAACCAAGCUGUGCAGGGCUGGGGUUCUGCAGGACUGGAGUUGGAGACCCCUGUAGUACAGGGCUAUGCUGGAGGUUUGCCACCCCCCACACUGCGCACCCCUGCCUGGGGUUGGCUUCUAAUAACUGACCAAUGACUGACCAGCACAGCGCUGUUAGUGGGUGGAGCCAUUUCGCGGUUCUUCGGCUUCUGAGGCUGGGAUGGCCACUCUUACCCAGCAUGCCCUAUGGGAUACGCUCAGCCCCACCCCCCCAGGGGCCGCACACUCGCCUCUCCGCACAGUCUGGGAGUGGCCGUGAUUGCGUUUGAUAGUGACUGUAAUUUAGCACACUCGGUGUGUUUUGAUUGUGUGAUGUGGAAAACACUAUAUCGUGAUAACACCCCCCCCCCCUUUAAUCUGGGGUCUUAUGACGGAAAUUAGGUUAAUGUACUGUGGGACAUGUGUCCAACCAAAGAGCUUUUGUAUUUUGCGGGAGAUUAAGCAGUAGAUGGCUGGAAAUACAGCAACACUACAAGGGAAUAUUUCCGGGGGCUGUAAAGCCAGUUCUGUAUUGGUGGUAACGUACGACCGGAACCCCCCCCCCCCCCCCUUAAUAUGGCCUCUUUCCCAGGGACAAGAUCAGGACCUGAUGUGCAACUUGUAUACAAUGUUUUAUUACAGUUUGCACAUCACCACAGGUAACCAUAAGAUUGGACGGGUAUGGUUAAAAUGUGAAGUGGAUGACGGAUCAGGAUGCAAAAGUACUGGGCAGUUUUUUAAGUGAGGACCAAAAGGAGCGUAGCCCUGAUGACUGAUGGGGAAAACCGGAUGUCUCUGAAAGUUUUGUGGCUCAGAGUGGAUGCUAUUCUGAACAACGAGUGGUUGGGGAGAAUCUGUAUAUAUGGUGUAAAAUUCACAAUCAGGGACAGCCUUAACACCAGUAGUUAUUUAACAGCAUACUUUAUUGGUUGCAUGUAGUACAUAAAAGUACGUAAGUAGAGAUUUCUUUACCCACAAAACCAUGGUGCAUUGAAAUGGGCUGAGCACGCGCUAUUUAGUUUUUUUUUUUUUUUUUUUUUGGCUAAGACAAUCCGUCCAGCCCAUUUUCUGAGACUGUCCUCUUCUACUUGGAGUACAAAAGGUGUUUGUUAUUGUUUUUCGCCAAAAAAUAAUAAAAUUUAAUGACAGAAAAUUGUA